AUGACAAUGCUCCCUUCACUCAAGUCCGCCCUCGCCGUGGGCGCUCUCGCUCUCGCUGCCACGGCAAGCCCCGUCUAUAAGCUCAACGAGACAACGCCGACGGUCUUUCCCAUGCCGUCGUUUGUGACAAUGACCAGGCAGUUGACCGUGGUGGUUGAAACUUCGCUUGUUGACUGCGCCCAUGGCUCGCUUCCGACGUUGCCCCCGGCGGUGGCUUUCGAUCGUGGUCUUACGGCGGUGACUAGCACUCGGUAUUACUGCGGUGGCUUGGCGGCUCCUCAGAUGGGCGUUCUUGAAGAAAGGGGGGAAGAUGCUGUCCCUGAUGUUGAUGAGGAGGAUGUCGAGGAGAGAGAUGAGGAUGAGGAUGAAGACGAGGACGACGAGGAGGAUGAGGACGACGAUGAAGACGAUGAAGACGACGACGACGACGAUGACGAUGACGAUGACGGCGACAACCUGGAUGACGAUUCCGAACCUGGAUAUUUCGUUGAACAUUUCAAGCGCCAGAAUUCGGAUUGCACAUCUCGACGCAUGUUAGGCCCCUCGCUCGACUUUGGUGGCACCAGCACCGUCUACACCACCACCUCAACCGUCUCUCAGCUCGUCAACUGCGGCCGGUGCACCGCCGUCAAGACCGUCCCUUUCUUCUCCCCGGGCUACAAGCCCGUCCCGCUCCCCACCUAUACCACCACAGUCACGGCCAUACAGGCCUCCAGGACGACGCUGUUCAAAUGCAAACCUCAUCCCACACAGUACCACGUACUUUCCAAGAGAUCUGUUGUGUUCACGCACCUCACCAGGGUUGAUCAUUGGCCCCCGGCACUUACCACUUACACGGACUUCCCCAAGGGGCGUGACGAGGUGGGGUGCGCCUAUUAUUAUAACCUCCUCCCGUCACGGCUGGGCAGCGUCCGAAAGAUUUACAGUGCCACUCGCACGUCGACGGCGCACAAGGACUGUGGUGACUGUGCGUUGGUCUGGGCCACGGCUGCGUAUCCUUAUUCCGUCGGGCCGUUGCCAACGACCAAGACUAAGAAGGGGAAGACGACGGUGACGGCCAUGGCGUGCAGAACACCGUAA